AUGAGAGUCCUCCUAACUGGCGGUUCAGGCUUUAUCGCCGCUCACUGCGUCGACUUCCUCCUCCAACAUGGCCAUAGCGUUGUGUUCACUGUGCGCUCAGACGAGAAGGGGCAAAAGAUCCUGAAGAACCACCCCGACCAGCCCAAGAACAAGCUCAGCUAUGUGAUCGUGGGAGAUAUUGCCAAGGAAGAUGCCUUUGACGAAGCAGUCAAGUCAGAUCCUCCCUUUGAAGGAGUUCUACAUACGGCAUCGCCAUUCCACUUCAACGUGACAGACCCCAAGAAAGAUCUGUUAGACCCGGCCAUCAUCGGCACGACGGGGAUCCUCAAAGCCGUCAAGAAAAACGCACCCACCGUCAAGCGGAUAGUCAUCACUUCCUCAUUCGCCGCCAUCCUCAACGCAACAUCGCAGGAGAAGGUCUACUCCGAGAAGAACUGGAACCCCAUCACCGAAGAGGAAGCGAUCCAAAACCCAGCAAACGCAUACCGCGCGUCGAAAACCUUCGCCGAGCGCGCGGCGUGGGAAUUUGUGGAGAAGGAGAAGCCCAACUUCGACAUCGCGACAAUCAACCCUCCGCUAGUGCUCGGACCUGUCGUCCACUACCUGAACUCCCUCGACAGCAUCAACACGUCCAACGAGCGCGUGAGGAAUAUGAUCCAAGGACGAACCAAGGAGUCCGGCCUUCCCCCUACAGGUGUCUUCAUCUGGGUGGAUGUGCGGGAUGUUGCCCUCGCUCAUGUCAAGGCCCUCGAGGUCCCCGAGGCGGGUGGAAAGCGCUUCUUCGUCACUGCAGGUCACUACUCGAACGCUGAUAUCGCCGGGAUUAUCAAGAAGAACUUCCCUCACCUCGCUGACAAGCUACCGGCGGAGAUCAAGAGCGACAAGCCCGCCGACGUCUAUGACAUCGACAACUCGAGAAGUAAGCAAAUGUUGCGCCUGAAGUACAGGACUCUGGAAGAGAGUAUCACGGAUACGGUCAAGUCGUUGCUAGAAGUUGGCGCAUAA